GCUUGCACAUCGCGCUGGUGAACGGGACAAACGGGCAGCUCCUGAAGACAGCCACCUUCAACAUGUACUCUGGAGAUGUCAAAUUGUUACUGGACUUCCUGAAAGUGAUCCCGCACGGCACCAUCGUCAUGGUCGCCUCCUACGAUGAUCCAGCAACCAAGCUGAACGACGAAGCGCGGACCUUGCUCUCCGAGCUGGGCAGUAGCUACGCGAGCAAGCUGGGCUUCCGAGACAACUGGACUUUCAUCGGCGCCAAAGGGCUCCAGGAGAAGAGCCCCUACGAGCAGCACUUAAAAAACGAUGCGGCGAAAAACAAAUACGACGGCUGGCCCGAGGUUCUGGAAAUGGAAGGCUGCAUACCGAAGAAGAUGGAUUAGCAGUGUCAGAUCUCUGCCCGUCUCGACCCUUAUUUAACCAUCUGUCCCUCGUGGGCUAGGAGAAGGCGCGUUUCCGACUGAAUCCGGCUGUAUGGACUGGUCCCACGACAGCUCAAGUCAACGGUCUGUUUUCAAAUCACCGGCCAGCUCUCAAUGGUGUCUGAACGCUGCUUUAACCCCGUCUAGACUGCGUCAUGCCAGACCCGCUGUGACGUCAGAGUGAGCGUCAAAGCAGAUUUCAGCAGGUGGCCCUAGUAUAUUCAUAACGCACGUGUUGAGCUGAAGGCAGUAAUGUCGAUUUCGGGCAUUGAGUGGGUCUCUGGGUCUGAAAACGUUAAGUGCACAACACGCCUGGGGAAGCAACGUCUUCAGCUUCUGCUACGUGAGUUUUUCAAUGUGAUUUUAACCGGUCAGUCCUCCCGCGCUGUGUCCAAGAACAGAGAGAUCGGAGAGCUUUUCACCGUGCUGACACAGGCCGCACAAGAGCCGAGGGCUGGAGGUCAAAGUCAGGUCAAUGCAACUUUGAAAUGAGAUGUCAUGUCCAUCCAGGGAGGGGAAGAAGCGUGGGAACAGCUUCCUGGCAGGUGGGGUGCUCGCCGUCACUUUGGGUCUUUGAGACAAGUUUGAAUCUCUCUUUAAGCUCAUGCUUUCACCCCGCUCCCAGGAGAAAUUCGAAAGCCUUUCGUGCUCGACCAUCUCAUCGUUUUCUCGGGGCAGGGGCCAUCUUUUCUCUGUGGACGCAUCCAGCACAAAGGGGCUUCUGUCUGUUGUCUCGCAUGCAGGGCCGGCCUGAGCUCUUUUGGCGCCCU